UUUAUUGGUUGCUUUUAUAUAGCAUAUAGAAAUAAAUGUAAUCUUUAGAGAUGGAAGAAUUAUUGAUAAUUAGCAAAGAGAUAUUAAUGCAACUUAAAAGUUAUGAAGAUGAAAAAAAUAAUUCAAGUGAUAAAGUAAUUUCAGAUGAGUUUUUGUCAGUGUUAAAUUGUGUUUUUCCUACUCUUCUUGAGGGUGCCUUGGACUUAAUUGAUAGUUCUUCAGUAACUCGUAUCGAGUGUCCAAAAGGAAGAUCAAUAUAUAAAGUGAAUGGUUCAAUGGGAACUGUUUAUACAGUAAUGGGUUCAUCUUUAUACUGUACAUGUCCGACAUUUUAUUACUCAUGCGUAAAGAAAAGAUCACACACAAUAUGUAAGCAUUUAUUGGCUGUUUAUUUGGCUCAUGCAACAGCUACUCUCAAGCAUACAACAUUGUCUAAUAAAGAUUAUGCAUUAACACUUUUGGAUAACUGAAAAACAUUGAAAUCUUUUACUAAAAGUCAUAACAAAGCUUGGUGUGUUGAUUUCAGUACUUGCUCAAGUUUCAUUUACAAAACUUUAAAAAAUUACAUUUGGUUUGUUUCUUUAUCUAAAUAUGUGUUUAUUUUUUUCAUGAAA